AUGUCAGCUCGUCCAGUGUUUGGUGGCUGGUUGAACCGGACCGCAGCCAGCUCCCUCUCUUGCCCCCGUUUGAUCUCUCAAUCCGGCUCCCAAAUGGCGUCGAAGCACCUCGCCCGACUCCACUCGACGGCCGCUCGUCCAUCGGCCGCGCAACUGGCCUUCCGACCCCAAGUUCGCUCUGCUCCAUCCUCGAUCGCCUGUCCGACCGGCCUACGGGCGCAAUCGACGUCUGCCGCUGGCAAGGAGGAGGUGAAAUUGGACUGGGACUCGUUUUUCAAGCUUCGCGCUUCCCGUCGCCGCUACUCGCUCGCCUCUUCGAUUGCGACCUCGCUGGUGUCGACUACCGUUGGUGUACAGUUUCUGUCCAACCAAGACCUGGAAUCUCUGGGUGCUCAAGUGAUGGGCCUUGACCCCUUCGUGGUUCUCGGUAUGGCGACCGCGGCAUGUGGUGCUGUGGGCUGGUUGGCUGGCCCGAUGGUUGGAAACGGUGUAUGGGGACUGGUAUAUCGUCGCUUCAAGCCGUCUGUUGCUACUAAAGAAAAGGAGUUCUUCGACCGCAUCCGCCGAUUCCGUGUUGAUCCUUCCACGAACUCCAUCGCCAACCCCGUCCCCGAUUACUAUGGUGAGAAGAUUGGUAGCGUGAAGGGAUACCGGCAGUGGCUCAAGGACCAGCGCGCAUACAACCGAAAGCGUCGCAACUUUAUCGCCUAA